AUGCGGAACCAGAAAACAACAGUAGAGUGAGGUGUAGAAGUGGAGAAAUAGAAACUUGGGAUCAAAAUUCCUCCAAAUUUGGUGUAACCUUACCAAUUAAUUGCAGUACAGUACCAAGAAGUCGUUAUGGAAGCGUAGAGACACAAAGAACACUGUUAUAUGAACAUAAGACCAUGUCAGAAUGGCAGGGUUUGAAGAGGUUGAACAUAUGGAGGUUGCUAUGGACACCUCAGAUACACCAUGGUGUUGGUUUUAUUUGGCUGAGUGUGGAGUGUGGCAUAUGUUUGAGCUGGGUUCAAACUGCCAGUGUUCGGUGAGCAGUGAAGAAAUUGAAAGGAGUUACAGAAUGAAUGAACGAGGCUUGUCAUUCACUACUGCUAAAUAUAACUACAUGUUAGACUUUUCAGAGAUGAAACAAAUCAACAUGUCAACCGGAAAACAGCGUCCAAUCAAACGUGCCCCUUAUUGCAUAACAGCUUUCAGCGAGGAUCAAGCCAUUCCGGUUCCUCCGUAUUGGGAGAAGGUUAAUACAGAGGAACCUUAUCAGUUAAUCCAUUUGCAGGAAGACACCAAUGAAUACAAGGAAGUGGCUAGACUUUUUAAAAACACAAUGCACGUCUGCAUUACAGCAAUCAAGAGAAUUCAAAACUUAGACCUAUGGGAAUUCUUCUGCAGGAAAAAGGCCCAGCUGAAAAGAAGAAACCAAGGUGCAGAAAUUGAAGAAAAAAUGAUGUUUCAUGGCACCAGUCAUGAGAACAUAGAAGCAAUAUGCACAAAUAACUUUGACUGUAGAUUAAACGGCGGCCACGGAACAGUGUUUGGAAAAGGAGCCUACUUUGCAAGAGAUGCAGUGUACGCUGCAAAGUUCUGCAAAACAAGUGAAAACCAUGGAACAAUCCUGAAAAAACAUGAUGUUGCACCUAAUGUGUUUCAAGCUCAACCUCACUUUAAGUCAUUGUUCCUCGUUCGGGUACUUGUGGGCAGUUACACGCUUGGAAAGAGCCAUUACUGCAGACCGCCCUCGAAAGACAUGAGUUACAUCAACUUCUACGACAGCUGUGUGGAUGAUGUUAACAAUCCAAAGAUUUUUGUGAUCUUUGAUAACAAUCAGAUAUAUCCAGAAUACUUGAUAGAGUUUACCUAAUUGCACAGAGUACUGUAUGUUGUUAUUCAGUUUUCCCAACACUGGAAAAAAAUGUUUUGAAGGAAAACAGAAUCUCCAAUAGACACAGUUUGAAUUUUGCUGAAGUUUAAUUUUCUAAAGGCAUAUAUGGGAUGAUUUCCUUAAAUGAAAUGUUUAAUAUUAUGGUUUUGUUAAGUGCCAUGGGAAUAUUUAAUUGAAGCAGCAAAUUAAUUAUUGAUUAGUUAUUCAUAUUAUUUAUUUGUACUUAGUACAUUUUUUUUCAUAAUUUCGUGUGUGUUCAAGCAAGGAAUUCACUGGAACAAUAUUCAAACUCAGGUAAGUGCAUUGUCUUCUGCCCUAAGUUUGACUUUAAAAAUAAUCAGUACCAGUAAAUCACAUAAUAUAAGGAUUUGGAAUCCAAAUGAAAUUUGAUGGUAAAGAGAUUUCACUUGUCAUAUAAUCUUAACCCAGUUAUACCACUACAUCUAUAGGGAUGCCAGUUACAGAAUGGUUAUAUACUGCGAUAAAUCCAACGUCAUACACUUGUCUUGUUUUUAUACUUAUUUCAAACCACCAAAAAUGGUGAAAAUCUGUUGAAAAUAAAAAAAAAUAUAUAUAUUUUUUAAAAAUCAAAACCCACGUGUUUUGCUUCUAGCUCAGUCAGAAAUUGUACUGUUGACAGGCGCUGCCCCAAAUCACAUCCUGUGACAACAAAAUUGACUUUUUAAAGGUAUGUUAAAAAGACUAUGCCUAUUUGCUGUAAAAUGACUGGUUGUGUGUAACUCCCCUAAUAUAAACAACCCCCAGCAAGGUUUUGGGUGCUUAUCCAUGCAGGAGUCAGAUUAUUUCCUUGAUUACUUAACCGGCUCUAGAAAUAUAAGCUUAUAUACUGUAUAUUGACCUGUCUUGUAAUAUAACUUUUUUUACUCUGUACUGUACAUUUAAAUGACAUCUUAGAAAAUGCAUUUUAGAUCUGUUAUGUGAAAUACGUAUCACAACCCCAAAGCCACACUUGCUGUAUUUAAAUGUGAUAUUUACUGUGUUUUUCUAAUUGUAGAAUCUGUAUGCCUGCUUACAUUAGUGUUUCUACCCUAUGCAAUGGCAGAAGAAGAGAAUGCACACAAUAGUCACUGCAGCUACCGUGGUUAUUAAUUAAUUAGUCAUAUAGCAAACACUUUUAUCCAGAGCAACUUACAGAGACUAGGGGCUGAACUAUGCAUCAACAAAGUACAACAAUACAGUUGUACAAGCUUUUGCAUUAAGCCUUUUCUUAACCCGAAAAAGAUCCAGGUACCCGGGUAUUUUUCACGGCAGGUACACGGUUCCGGAUUUUCUACCCGUGCCGACCUCUAAUAUGUAUAGACAGCUAUAUAGACUUGUAAUCCCUAACUUUCAUCAAAACUGUAUAAUCACAAAAUAAUAUAAAGAGAAGUUGUUUGAUUAUAAAUGAAAUAGCAAAGUGGCAACAGGAGCUCUAUCAGCAAGCAGCCAUCCCAGCGGUAAGGUCACGUGAUCUCAUUCUAUCCAUGUUUUGUAAUACCUAACCCAAUGCAAGUAGUACUAGCAUGAUCAACUUCAUUUUCCUUUGCUAAUUGACAGCAAUUGUUAUAUACAACAGCACAUAGUCAGGAGACAACAAUGUGGCUGUGGAAUCAGGUCCCUUGAAGCUACUGUACCUACCUGAAAGCUGUUAUGCAAUAAGGGGCACGUUUGAUUGGACGCUGUUUUCCGGUUGACAUGUUGAUUUGUUUCAUCUCUUAGAUGGAAAAAAAAAAAAGACAAAAAGUUUUUUAAAAAGAGGGUCCAGACAUACAGAACUAUAAUAUACAGGCGCUCCCAUACACUAAGUCAGGCAUCAUAGGCAUUAUAGUAAAUAUUUGUUGUUUCUCUAUUUUU